CGGUCAACAUGUUUAUCGUCGGGCUUACAUGCUACAUGAAUUUGUGUACGUGUGAAGAUAGAAAAAAAAAGACGGCAGGUAAAUUCAAAAGAUAGAAGAAAAAAAAACCAUCGUGAUUUGCGCUUGAAACGUUUCGUUUGGCCAAAUCACGACGGUGGGAAUUGGUUAUGAUGACGAAGCGCGAUUAGAUACGACGAGCAUAUAAAGUCAAAGCGUCGACGGAAAGUGGCAGUUCAGCGUCGACAUUCAACUGGAAUAAACAUGCAUUCCCAUCAUCAUCACCAUGGUUCACCACCUCCACGUCUUCAUAGACCACCACUUCAUCUUCCACAUCUUCUUGUACCUCCACUUCAUCCUCCACUUCAUCAUCCACAUCUUCAUCCACAUCUUCAUGGACCACCACAUCAUGGAACACCGCACCAUGGACCACAUCACCAUCAUCAUUGAUGACGUAAAGUACGUAAUUCGCUGUUUACGAAUUUGUAAUUUGCUUAUGAUUUUUUUCUCGUCCUUCUCAUAAUCAUGACCGUUGUCGUUUCAGUAAUUUAGAUGGAUCCUGGAAUUGGAAGAUGCGACGGACUUUUAUUCUAUUCUAUAUGCUCUAUAAUGCUGCUCAGAGAACAUCGACGAGACGAACAGAGACAAAAUUUUACAUCAAUGAUGAACAACUUAUUAAUUGUGUUA